UUCCUGCCUGCUCCCUCUAAAUCGAUGCUGAUUGGCUGGUGGCACCAUUCCCAGGCGCAACUGACAUACAUCUUGAUCUGCCUAACCCUGUGAGACAUGCAGCCCCCCUCCAUCCACCCUCUCCCUUCAUUCAGCAGAAGGAAAGCCGGGCUGGGCUCCACUCAUUAGAUGCUAGAAGAGAGCUUUCUUACCUGCAGUGACUAGAGAAGACCAGGUGGGAGAGUAUUAAAGGCAGGCAGGCAGCAAGCAGGGAGGCAAGCAGGCAGGCCGAUGUGGGAGCAAAGGGGCCAGGAGAAGGUAUGUCAGCCCAGGAGGAGCAGCCAAAGGAAAGAAAGAUAACCAGGUGCUUGAAAGGAGAAAGAAAGUUAAAGAGAUAAAAAGGCUUCUCGGUCCGAUGUAAAAGACACUGGAUUCAGGCAUUCCUUUCCUUUUUCCUGAUAUAAAAGAAAGAGGAAGACAGAAGAAGAUGAAAUAUCAUCCUGGCAAGUGAAGGCAGAUACCCAUUUGUUGAAUCUAGUCCUCCCAAGGGAUCCUGUGGAUAUUUGUUUCCUGCCCCUCCUUUUUCUGCCAUGGACAAUUUCAACUUCACCACCACAGUGGCUUUUUGGGAAGAGAAUUCAACAACUUCUGGUACAGCCUUUCUUUCUGGAAAUUUAUCCCUAGCUUCUAGUCUAGGCCUAGAUAUUAGUGGUGUCCUUAUUCCACUGGUAUAUCUCAUUGUCUGUGUUGUAGGACUAGCUGGAAAUUCUCUAGUCAUUUAUGUGGUUUUGUGCCAUUCAGUAAGUGAAUCAGUGACUAACAUCUAUAUCUUCAACUUGGCACUGGCAGAUGAACUCUUUAUGCUUGGCCUACCCUUCUUGGCAGCACAAAAUGCUUUAUCAUAUUGGCCUUUUGGGUCAUUUAUGUGCCGUCUAGUGAUGGCUGUGGAUGCCAUAAACCAAUUUACUAGUAUUUUCUGCCUCACCGUGAUGAGCAUUGACCGCUAUCUGGCUGUGGUGCACCCUGUGAAAUCCUCAAAAUGGCGGACAGUCCGAGUCGCUAAGACUGUCAGUGCCACUGUGUGGGUAAUCUCAUCUGUAGUGGUGCUGCCUGUGGUAGUGUUUUCAGAAGUCCCACAUGGUAUGAGUACAUGCCACAUCAAAUGGCCUGAGCCUGCUUCAGUAUGGAAAGCUGGUUUCAUCAUCUACACAGCUACACUCGGCUUCUUUGGGCCACUGCUGGUAAUCUGCUUGUGUUACCUGCUUAUUGUUGUCAAGGUUCGUUCAUCAGGCAGAAAGGUGCGAGCACUGACAGCUAAACGCAAACGCUCUGAACGGAGGAUCACACGCAUGGUAGUAAUUGUGGUGGCAGUCUUUGUACUCUGUUGGCUACCUUUCUAUAUGCUCAACAUCAUCAACGUCAUCUGGACUUUGCCUGAGGAACCAUCACUCUUUGGUAUUUACUUUCUGGUUGUUGUCCUGCCCUAUGCCAACAGUUGCACCAAUCCUAUCAUCUAUGGCUUCCUCUCCUAUCGGUUCAAACAGGGUUUUCGCAAAGCCAUCUUGAGACCCUCCCGCCGAGUGCAGAACCAAGAGGUAGCCAUGGCAACAACUGCAGAUAAUAUGGAAGAUGGGGAGGAGGAGGAGGAAGAAGAAAUGUUAGCUAAAGUAAAGGAGAUCAGCAAGAUUACCCAAAAUGGUAGUAGAGGACAGCAAGAGAGUGAACCUGCCAGUGAUCCAGGAAGAGACAAUGAACACAAGCCAAAUACCGAAGAGCCCAUAAGUGGUGAGAAGCCCAACAUAGUUAACAUCAGCUGUUUAUAGUGAUUGGGAAAUGGAUCUCUUUCUCCUGAAAUUGCCUGGCAGAGACUAAUAAUAUUUUUUUUAAAGAAUAAUUCAUAAAUUAAGGAGUUUUACAGUAAUAAUCAGUCCUGUGAUGUCUUUUUGAAACAAGGUACUCUACUAACAUGACCAUACCUUUUUCUAUAAAACAGUAUAAUUGAACAGAAUGGUAUUUCUGAGAACAGAGUUGACCCAUCAUUAAGGUUAGAAGUAGGAAUAAAAUUGUCUUUGUUCUUUGCAAAUGCUCAGAGACUGAAAAUUGGAA